AUGUCUCCUGGAGCGAUAUUCUCGAUCUACCGCAAAUAUAUUCGCGAAGUCAGAAGGCUUCCGCACAUCUACCUUCGCCAGUUCUACCAGAUCCAGGGUUCGGAUACCUUCCGACGCGUCCUUCAGACCGAGCCCGAGGGCAUGAGACGCACGAAGCUCAAAAGAAUAUUGAAGGGCCUACGACGGCUGCAACUGGCAAAUACGGGCAAUCACAUUGCGUUUAACCGCAUGCUCGAUGUGGCCUAUGGGAGGGUUGGGAAGCUACGAUACGAAUUGUUAGAGCCGCUGCUCUCUGACCCUCGUGCCACACGUCCUCCUCCCAUCAUACCGGGGAAUGAGAAAUCACGGCCGCCUGUCUACUCCACGGAGCUCAAAGCUCUUCUCACAUCCGCUUAUUCUCGCAAAAACCCUCUGAAGGAUAAAGACCUUGCAUUUCCUCCCACAUUACCCGAGCGUGCCAGACCCGGCUCUGAAGAAGCUAAGCUCUUAGGUCCCUUGAGUAAACGGCGCGAAGUGAACACGCGAUGGCGCUUUUUCACCACAGAAGUGAACAAAGUCCUUCCGCCCCUUCAAAUCUCAGUCGAACCUCCGUCGUCUGACAGCGGCACGAAUGGCGAUGCGACGCAGCCCCGGUGUUUCGGUUUUGAGGAAACUAACCUCCUCCAGCAAGUAUUCGACUUAGCAGGAUACCCCUGCAUUUCACCAUCGCCUACUAUUAGGUGGCAACGUGGUCCUGGCACUACCCCAGAACGCUCUAGCAAUCCCUUUGACGGUAAACUACCAGUUCGUUGGCUCCGGCGGCGUUACCGGGAGCUUCUGGGACGUCUUCCUAUCUUAACUUACCAUCCUGCCAAAAGCGAAUCUCACAGCUACACGGUAUCUAUACCCAGGAAUGCGCUGAUGGGAGGAAAGUUGCAGACGUCGCGACUGCGUUUCGUCGAUGGAGAAGACCUUGCAUGGCUACGAGACAUAACCUCACGAUAG